UUUCUCAAUUUCUGAAACCACAUUUCUGCACAUCUCUAUCGUAGCUGGUCAAGAUCCUCAAGUAUCUAGAUAGAACACAAGAAGCUGUCCACCAUGAACUCCAUGCUAACCAGGAGCAAGCAGGGAACUAUCUGCUCCCAGCUGGGAAGAGUCAAACUGCAGCUGCUGUACAAGGCCAGCAUCCACGGUUUCACCGGCCCAGCCUUCCACCAACGAUGUGACAACCGCUGUCCCACAGUGUCUGUGGGCUAUAACGCCUCAGGUUACGUGUUUGGAGGCUACACCAAACAACCUUUCAGUCAGUCUGGGGCCUAUGUGAAUGAUGACCAGGCCUUUCUCUUCACCGUCAGUGGAGAAAAGCUCCUCAAAUAUCCGGUCACUGGCGCUGGUAAUGCAGUGAAAAUGAUCGCUAACUGUGGUCCAUAUUUUGGAGAAGCAUUGGUUCUUGUCCAUGGAAGCAAAGCAGUUGUACAUAGCGCUCCGGGGAAUUUUUACAACUUCACUGCUGCUGAUAUGCAUGGGAACGACCUCACCCUGACUGAGUGUGAAGUCUAUCAAGUGGAGGAAACCACAGCACUUGAGAGGCCAUGGAGGACUAUACACUGGGAAUCUGUGAAGAAGAACGAGCUAAAGGAGAGUAUUAAGAUCUACCAACCCACAGACAGCUCUGUGUCCCAGGCUCGGGUCCUGCUCAUUGGACCAGUUGGAGCUGGAAAGUCCAGCUUCUUCAAUUCUAUCAACUCUGUGUUCAGAGGCCACGUCACCAGCCAGGCCAUGGCUGGCUGCUUCACCACCAGCCUCACCAGACAGUUUCGAACCUACUCAGUGAAAGAUGGACGCAAAGGAAAACCUCUGCCAAUCAUCUUCUGUGAUACCAUGGGAUUGGAGGAAAGCACAGGGGCGGGACUUGAUAUUGAUGACAUCAGCAGCAUCCUCAAAGGUCAUCUGCCCGACCGUUAUCAGUUCAACCCCUCUGCUUCUCUGGAUUCGGAUUCUAGUGGCUAUCUGAAGUCUCCUGAGCUUAAGGACAGGAUCCACUGUGUGACCUACGUCAUUGACGCCUGCAAGGUCUCCAUCAUGCCCCCAAAGCUGGAGGAAAAGCUGAAUGCUAUUCGUAGAAAGGUCAACUUAAUGGGGAUUCCUCAGCUGGUCCUGCUCACGAAAGUUGAUGAAGCCUGCCCUUUGGUGAAAGAGGACGUGAAAAACAUUUACAAGAGUGGCUACAUCAAAGAAAUGAUGCAGGAGGUCAGCGCUCGUCUCGGUGUGCCGCUGUCCUGUGUUGUUCCCGUGAAGAACUACAGCGAGGAGUUGGAGUUGGACCCGGACUGCACUACCCUGCUGCUGAGCGCCAUCAUCCAGAUGCUUCGCUUCACAGACAACUACUUUGAUGACAUUAGUGAGAAAUUCAGCAACAUUGAAGUGUGACGACCCCGAAAGAGUAGCAAGUAUUUGUGCAGCAGGUGUUUUUAUUUGUCCAACUGUAAUGAAAUGUCCAUCACAUUCAGGGAAUUUGCCAAGUUUAAGUGAAAUAAGGAUAUUACAGUUUCUAAUUUUCAGUUGGAAACUCCCAUUUUCUUCUUUAGAAACUAGAGUUCAAAACUUCAGUUAGCUGAUCCAAAAUGUUACAUAUCUGUUCUAUUUCAAGUCACUUCAUGAGUAGAAAUUAUGACAUGAUAGAGUGCUAUUUAAUUUUUUCAUUAAAGGUGUAAAGACUUAUUUACAGUACAAUUUUUCUUCAUUCAGUUGGACAUUUAACCAUAAGUUUGACUUAUUAACAUAUUAUCAGAUAUUACUAUAUAUAGCUAUGAUCAUUUAUUCUUUACUGCUUUAUUGUUUCGUUUUUUCAAUUUUCCACACAAUGAGUGUUACAUUAGACGUUGUUUCAGCAAUCCUUGUAAGUUUUGACUGCUAAGUGCACACAUGGUGAAAGGUGAUGCAAAAUAAAGUUAAAGGUGGGGUAGGUAAGUUUGAGAAA